AUGGUUUUCUUAAUAUUCAAAUAUAAUGACAAUCAAGAUUAUGUUAGUGGUGUUCAUCAAAUAUCUAAUUCUAUUGAUAAAACAAAAAUAGAUAUUGAUAAUUUGACAUGUAAAACCUCAAUUGAUUCAUACGAAGAAUGUUAUAAGUAUGCCACUGAAUUGGUACCUUAUAAGUACGUUGGAGUUGGUAUCGAAACCAUUAUGCUUCUUAGACUAAAACUGAAAGCUGUUAAUCAACCAUUAUUGAAUAGUUCACUUUAUUGGAAUGAAGAAGAUCGUUUUAAACCCUUUAAUAAUUUGAUGUCAUCAAGAAAUGAAUGUCAGAUACUAUAUUGUGGAGCCCAUGAGGCUGGCACGGAUGGCCUUGAAUUUAUUAAACAAUAUGAAAAUUGUCAUGUCUGGUUUUUAGAACCAGUAGCACAAUUCUAUGAUAAAUUAAUUCAUUCCCGUCGCAUACUACGACAAUUGGAAACAGUUAAACAUCAUAUGUACAAUAUCGGUCUAUCAAAUAAAAAUGAACUUAUUGAUAUAACAGCGAAGGAUAUCAGAAAAUCACAAGCUUUGACUUUAGUUGGGAAACAUGAAAAUAAGGACGACAUUGGUAAUAAUUUAAAAUACAAAUUAAUUUUGAGAGAUGUUGCAGAAAUACUAUUCGAAUUUCACAUAUUAUUAAAGUUAAGUAAUAGCAUUAUAAUUGGAGAAUUAAAUUUAUUACAUAUCAAUUGUGAAGGCUGUGAAUAUGAUGUUAUUGAAAGAUUAAUCAAAAAAAAUUUGACUAAAUACAUUAGAAUAAUACAAUUUGGUUCACAUCGGCCAUUAUCUAUUCGUUCAUCUGUCAAUCGAAGAUAUUGUUGUUUACAACAAAUGUUGUCAAUGACACAUCAUUUAGAAUUUGGUAUACCAUGGGCAUGGGAAAGAUGGUUGAGAAAUGAUCUAGUAGAGAAAAAAUGA